AUCAAUAAUUUCAACAACCAAGUCUGUUUUGUGUUUAUAGAAGAAUAUUAGUUUUAAAUUAGGAAAAUGAUGCAGGAGUACGACGACGAUUUCUUCUUCGAAGAGGACAAAAUUAAAACUAAACAUGGAAACUUUAAAACGACUCUUUCGUUAUCGGUUGACGACAGUCUAUUAUUGACAAUGGAAGAAACGAAAACAACAGGAGCCGAUGGAAAUUCUGACGAACAAACACAUACUCAAGAUAGUCCUGAUUGCAUUUUCAACGAUUUGCGUCAAGAGAGAUUCAUGAUACAACAUCAAAACCUCAUGGGAAUGACUGUGACGUCCGGAAGUGUGGUUUUAAAUAAAGACGAGAAAAAUCUCAUUGGUAUCAGUAUAGGGGGUGGAGCGCCUUUAUGCCCUUGCUUAUAUAUAGUACAGAUAUUUGAUAACACACCUGCAGCUAAGGAUGGUACGCUUCAGAGUGGGGAUGAACUUGUCGGCGUGAACGGUCAGAGCGUCAAGGGGAAGACUAAAGUCGAAGUGGCCAAAAUGAUACAAGCGGCUAAGGACACCGUGACAAUAAACUAUAAUAAACUCCACGCAGAUCCAAAACAAGGUAAAUCCCUAGAUAUAAUAAUGAAGAAGAUGAAGCAUAGACUUGUCGAGAAUAUGUCAACGGGAACAGCGGAUGCGUUAGGUCUGUCUAGAGCUAUACUCUGUAAUGACACGUUGGUAGCGAAGCUGAAUGAAAUGAGAGAUACAGAAACUACGUAUAAGAGAUUAGUGGAACAUGCCAAAAGAAUGCUAAAAUCAUAUUUUGAUGUUCUUCAAACUUACAAAUCAUUGGGCGAUAUCUUCGCCUCUAUUGGUGUAAGGGAACCUCAAGCUAGAGCAUCAGAAGCCUUUACCAAAUUUGGUUCCUACCACAGAUUACUCGAGAGAGAUGGAAUCAAAAUGUUGAAGACUUUGAAACCAAUCCUAGCAGAUAUGGGUACAUAUUUGCACAAAGCUAUCCCCGAUACAAAGUUAACGAUACGCAAAUACGCAGACACGAAAUUCGAAUAUCUAUCAUAUUGCUUGAAAGUCAAGGAAAUGGACGACGAGGAAUACGGAUACAACGCUCUACAGGAACCAUUGUAUAGAGUCGAAACCGGUAAUUACGAAUAUAGAUUAAUCCUCCGUUGCCGUCAAGAAGCCAGGACCAGGUUUGCCAGAUUGAGAUCUGAUGUUCUAGUUAAGCUGGAACUUUUAGACAACAAAAAGACGCAGGACGUAGCCUAUCAGUUGAGGAGAUUCAUUCAGGGAUUGGCAGUUUAUCUCAAUGAAACAGUUGAACAUUUGAAGGAGAACUCUACCUUGUUCCCUGUUGAAGUUGAUCUCUCACAGAACGCCUUCCAGUACAAAUCUACAGCACAGAUUAUACAAGACAGUCAAGAUGACGACGAAGAAAUAGAGUUCGGUAAAGAAAUACAAGAAUAUCACGACGUAUCUGACGAUGAAUCGAAAGACAAUAAAGCGGCGAAUCGUCGACAGAAUCAGGACAAAGACACCACUGACUCUUCCGAUCAACUGCUUCCUGAUUUGACAGGUAGCUUAGACAUUGACAGCAACGUCAAAAAUGACAAUGACAACUUAACGCUAUUGACAGAAUUAGGGUUGGCGGAUACUAAGGCGGAUGAUUUUGGCGAUUUUCAAAACGGCCUCGAUGAAUUUAUUAAAAAUAAAAUCGAGACAGAAGACGUUUUUGAUAAAUUGUUGAGUGACUUAAACAUUGGUCAGUAA